AAAAAAAUUUUUUUAAGGCAGGAAUGAAGGGGAAAUAGUUCUUGUGUCUAAAAUCUUUACUAAGCACCAAUUAAGCUGCUAGACCAGAUGUUCCAUAGGAAGCUUGGGAAUUUGGAGCUGAGAGGGACCCCAAAAACCAUCUCAUUCACCCCUCUCAGAUGAGAAAGACUGGGACAUAGAGAUUGGAAAUGACUUAUCCAAAGAAACAAAGCUUGUAAAGAAGAGACAGGAGUCGAACCAAGGUCUUAAUCCAAUGUUCUUUCCCUUGAACUAGACUGCCUUCCUUUCGAUUGGAUGCAGGAACAGACACAGAUGGUCAUUCUUUGAAUCUCAAACCCAUAUGCCAGGCCAAGAGAAGAGGUAUACCAGACAGAGACAACCCCUUGUAGAGCUCAGCAUCUCAUUUCAAUGCUAUUUCCCAUCCCUAUAAUGCCUUUACAGCUCACAAAUUUCCCCUUCAAUAUUAUCCCCCAGAAACAGGUAGUGUAGUUAUUCUUGUUUUACAGUGAAAAAAAAAAUGAGGUACAUGAAGUCACAGAACAAGUAACUCCCCAGUGGUCUUUGAUGGGUUAUAGGUAUUCAGAAAAAGAGGGAGCUGACUCAGCUGGAAUACUCAAGAAAGGCUUCUUGGGAAUUGACUUGGACAAGAAAGUAUGGUUAAGACAUAAGUAUGGAGGGCAUGGGCAGGACAGUGUGACCAAAAACUCAAGCAAACACUGGGGUAUAGUAGAAAGAGACUUGCAUUUGGAGUCCAAAGACAAGUCCCUUUUCUCCAUAUCUGAUCAUCUUCCUCUCUAAAAUGAAGGAUUUGGGGGGUGACUGUGGCUCAGUGGAUCGAGAGCCAGGUCUGGAGACUAGGUGUGACCCUGGGCAAAUUGAUUAACCCCCAUUGCCCAGCCCUUUCAUCUCUUCUGCCUUAGAACCAAUGCAUAGUAUUGAUUAUAAAAUGGAAGGUAAGGUAAUAUUGAAAAAUAAAAUAAAAUGGAGAAUUUGCUGAAGGAUUGAGGCAAUAUCUCCCUCCUUUUUGGUGGUGAGGCCAGGGAUGCUAGGUUCAGAACCAAUUCUAGUUUUGUUUAGCUUUUGUGUGUGUUUGUUUAUAUGAAAGAGUUGGCCAGAGAGAGUAUAUAAAUUCAGAUAUAUGUAAAAAUGACUAAUAGAAAAAAAUGGGAUUUACUUUUAAAAUAGCUUUAAAACAGAAAUGGAAAAAAAUUAAAAUUGUGGGCAGAGGAGAGGGUGAUGCAGAGAUAAUGUUGACAUUCAAGAGUCAUUGAAUACCUGGAUUCAAAUCCUAACUCUACUAGUGUGACCUGGGACAAGUCAAUUAACUGUUCUUUGCCUCAGUUUCCUCAUUUGUAAAAUGGUCAUGCCAAUCCAUGAUUAUCAUGAGGCUCAAAUGGAAUGAUAUAUAUCAAGUGAUCUGUAAACUUUGAAGCAUUAUAGAAGUGGAGGUUAUUUCUAGACAGUCAUUAGCUCUGUGAUCUCAGGGAAGGUAGAACAGUUGCUUCAGCCCCUUCUUCAUUUCUGACUCUUGGGGGAUGGAGGAUGAGGGGAAGCAGGAAGGGACAAGGAUGAAGCCUGUGACUCAGCAGAACCCAUGUCUCAAAGACAGCUGAUAUGGGUCCAGCCUGUGACCUGUAGCUGGAAAGGCAGGGUAGGGCCUUUGCCCUCCUCCCAAUCCCUCCCUGUAGGGCAGAAGAAAUAUUAGGGGCAGGGACAAAGAACAACCUCCUUGGCCUUCUGACCUAAACCACCCCAGAUUCUCCCAGAGCUGCUGGGGAGUAGGGGUAGGCCCUGACCCCUCCCCCAGGCUACCCUAUCCUCCCCUCCCUCCCCUCAGCUAAGGGGGAAGGGAAGUAACAAGAAGGGGAAGUUGCCCGUCCCCAUUUGCUGCAAGGCUGCUGUCUGAGCAUUGGGCUCUAGCCUCACAGCCAUGGACACCCAAGAAACGGCUCUGAAGGACGGGCUUCUCUACCAGCAACAUGCGAAAUUUGGCAAGAAAUCCUGGCGGAAGGUGUGGGCCUUCCUUUAUGCUGAUGGCCCAUCAGGAGUAGCCCGACUGGAAAGCUGGGACGUAAGAGACGGUGGGGGCGGGCCAGCAGGGGACAAACCCACUGGACGUCGGGGUGAGCGGCGAGUGAUCCGGCUGGCCGACUGUGUGUCUGUGCUGCCAGCUGAAGGGGAGAGCUGCCCUCGGGACACCACCGCCUUCCUACUCAUGACCACCGAACGCAGCCACGUGCUUGCCGCCCAGGACCGGCACACAUGGAUGGCUCAUAUCUGUCACCUGGCAUUUCCGAGUAUGAAUGGCAUCUCCUCCGGGUCUGGAGAGUUUGGACCUGCCCUGCCUGGCCUGGUCCCCAUGGAGGAAAAUUCCAUCUAUUCAUCAUGGCAGGAAAUGGGUGAGUUCUCAGUGGUGGUCCAGAAGACAGAGGCGGCCACUCGCUGUCAACUGAAAGGACCUUAUCUCCUGGUGACUGGUCAGGAUGGCAUCUACCUGAGUGAGCCCACCGCCCCGCAGCCCCUCUUUGUCUGGCCCUAUCACUUCCUGCGCAAGUUUGGCUCUGACAAGGGUGUGUUCUCUUUCGAGGCUGGCCGGCGUUGUGACUCUGGGGAGGGCCUCUUUGCCUUCAGCUGCCCCCGGGCCUCGGAGAUCUGUAGUGCAGUGGGGGCAGCUAUUAUCGCCCAUCAGAGAGAGCAUCGUGCAGAGCUGCCUGGGCCUGCUGCCUCCCGGCCCUGCCCCUUGUCCCGGGCCUCCUCUCUGCCCUCCUUGGAGCCCAUGGGAGAGUUGCGAGAGGCACCUCUUGGGUUAGAGGCCUGGGGAGGCCAACCAUCAAAUGGAAAGACUCGGCUGGUACUGGAGGCAGGUCCCCAAAGCCUACCCCCUUGCCUGGGGACUUCAGUGCCAGAUGGGCCCUCCUUGUCUGGCCCUUCAGGCUCUGUGCUCUAUGCCUCCAUCUCUAAGUGGUCCAGCGGUCUUCCCCGCACUGCUCCCGAUCCAGCCUCAGCUCUGACUUCAGCCCCUGCACCCAAACCUGUGGCCGAGCACCUGUAUGAAAACCUCUGCACCUCUGAGGAUGGCAUUGAGCCGAGGGGGGAGAGCCUACUUCAGGCGUCCCAUGGGGGCCACUUGGACUCCCACAUCUAUGACAACAGUGUGAGCUGGCCCGGGCCCCACACCACUACAGAGAGUAGCCUGGAGGCUCAGUACCGAAGGUUACUUGAGUUGGAUCUGAACGAAGAAGGAGCAGAGGAGGCGGAGGACAAUGGGCCAGGGCGCCUCUUGGGUCACUCCGGUUUCAAGGCCAAGCUCGUGACCCUGCUGAGCCGGGAGCGGAAGAAGGGCCCAGUCCAAAGGAACCAGGGACUGGGGCCAGCAGAGGGACAGGCCUGAGAGGAUACCCCAUGCCUAGACUGGGCCCUAGCCUCCCAGCUCUGUGCAGCAUCCCUUCACUCCUCAGAUCAUGGACAGUGUAUAGAAGCUUCUUAAUAAAGACCUUUAGCCCCUA